CUUCCAAAUAUAUCAUACAAAAAUUCUCUUCAUUCACCAACACUUUCUAUAUAUGUAUUCUACACACACUUGCACACACAUAUAUACACAUAUAUAGAACUCAUGGAAGCCCUGUGGGAUUUGGAAGACAAGUGGAAGCUAACAACCCAAGAAGCAGUUAUUCUAUUUGUUGGCUCUGCAUUUUUAGUCAUUGGUGUUUGCACUGUGAUGGUUCUAAAGAGGAGGGCUAGAACAAAGCAACUUGUUAACCAAGAACCUGAUGAUCGGGAGGAGGCUGAAUCAGUUGGCACAAAAUGGUUCGAGCCGCGGCCUGGUUGGUGCUCCAUGAAGAAGGUGUUGAUGAGCUCAGUACAGUGGAACAGAGCAAACAAGUGGGAGGAGAGAAUAAGUGGGAGAGGGAGAGGGAGAGGGAGAGAGAGUCCGUCACCACUGCUUGUUAAAGGAGGCUGUGAAGCCGACGUUGGAUGGCAGAGUCACAACUCUCUGUCACCGGUGUGGCAGAGGCCGAUCCUCAUGGGCGAGAAGUGUGAGCUACCGAGGUUCAGUGGGCUAAUUCUCUACGACGAGAGAGGCAAACCAGUUCAUCAUUCAGACAAAGAAACUACUCACCUGCAGGUAAAUAACUAUGGUACUUCUAUGGCCUUUUACUUCACAGUUCUUCUAUAUCUGUAG